AUGAGAAGCAAUUUCUAUUUUAUCGUCUUCGUUCUUGUGGAAGCGCACACACAAAAGUAUUUCUACAAAUGGAACGGCCACUAUUUCGAUAUUAUUUAUUCGGACCGACCAAUUGGAAACUUCCAGGAAGUCAAAUCUCCGAAAACCUUCAAGCAAAAACAUGCCGACAGAGGAGAUCGACCGGGAAGAUGCGUUCUCGGCGAAUUUCGAUGCACCGAACCGUAUCCGAGGGAAGAAACGUCGCAAUUUGAGUGCACCGCCGAUUACCAAUGUCCGAGAGGUUUUAAAUGUUGCGAAACUAAAUGUUUCGUUCACAAAAUUUGCCAACCGAGUGUGGAUUACGAAGAAAUACCUCCAGCGGAGCUUCAACGACCAACUACAAAAAUUCCAAGCGCGACAAGUGAAACAAUCGAUGAUAUUAAUGGUAAAACUCCAGAAGAAUCAACAGUUUCAGAAAUGAAAUCUACAACAACAGAAACUACAACGAAAUUGAUGAAUCCCACAGAUUCGAAACAAACUGAGACUGAAUCUGCCGUUGAUAUAAACGAAAUAACAGAAGAGACAAACGAUGAAAUAGUAAUAGCAGAAGAUACAACUGCUUCGAUACUAGUUCAAACUGAUAAAGAAACUACUGUCAGUAAUAACAAUAUAACAGAAGAUUUACUGGAAGAAACAAGCAGUGAAAUACCAUCUACAACAUUCCUAGCAAAAGAAACGAUGAAAUUAUCGGGUUCAACAGAUGGAAAUUCGUUUCCAGUAGAUACAGAUGGAAAAACUAGUGACAGUAUUAUCAAAAUACCAGAAGAUUUAGAAGAAAAAUCAAGUAUUGGAACAGUUUCAACGAUAUCUUCGAAUUCGGUAUCGUUUUCAACAGAAAAAGAAACAGUUAUCGAUGAUAUUGGAAUAACAGAAGAUACAGAAGAUGAAGAAAACAAUAAAAAAGCAUCUACAAUAUCACUAGCAACAGAAACGGGAAAAUUAACGAGUUCAACAGAUAGAAAUUCGUUUCCAGUGCAUAAAGAUGGAAAAACUACUGUCGGUAUUAUCAAAAUACCAGAAAAUUUAGAAGAAAAAUCAAAUAUUGGAACAGUUUCAACGAUAUCUUCGAAUUCGGUAUCGUUUUCAACAGAAAAAGAAACAGUUAUCGAUGAUAUUGGAAUAACAGAAGAUACAGAAGAUGAAGAAAACAAUAAAAAAGCAUCUACAAUAUCACUAGCAACAGAAACGGGAAAAUUAACGAGUUCAACAGAUAGAAAUUCGUUUCCAGUGCAUAAAGAUGGAAAAACUACUGUCAGUAUUAUCAAAAUACCAGAAAAUUUAGAAGAAAAAUCAAAUAUUGGAACAGUUUCAACGAUAUCUUCGAAUUCGGUAUCGUUUUCAACAGAAAAAGAAACAGUUAUCGAUGAUAUUGGAAUAACAGAAGAUACAGAAGAUGAAGAAAACAAUAAAAAAGCAUCUACAAUAUCACUAGCAACAGAAACGGGAAAAUUAACGAGUUCAACAGAUGAAAAUUCGUUUCCAGUAGAUACAGAUGGAAAAACUAGUGACAGUAUUAUCAAAAUACCAGAAAAUUUAGAAGAAAAAUCAAGUAUUGGAACAGUUUCAACGAUAUCUUCGAAUUCGGUAUCGUUUUCAACAGAAAAAGAAACAGUUAUCGAUGAUAGUGGAAUAACAGAAGAUGAAGAAAACAUUGAAAAAGCAUCUACAGUAUCCCUAGCAACAGAAACGAUGAAAUUGACGAGUUCAAAAGAUGGAAAUUCGUUUCCAGUGCAUAAAGAUGGAAAAACUACUGUCAGUAUUAUCAAAAUACCAGAAAAUUUAGAAGAAAAAUCAAAUAUUGGAACAGUUUCAACGAUAUCUUCGAAUUCGGUAUCGUUUUCAACAGAAAAAGAAACAGUUAUCGAUGAUAUUGGAAUAACAGAAGAUACAGAAGAUGAAGAAAACAAUAAAAAAGCAUCUACAAUAUCACUAGCAACAGAAACGGGAAAAUUAACGAGUUCAACAGAUGAAAAUUCGUUUCCAGUAGAUACAGAUGGAAAAACUAGUGACAGUAUUAUCAAAAUACCAGAAAAUUUAGAAGAAAAAUCAAGUAUUGGAACAGUUUCAACGAUAUCUUCGAAUUCGGUAUCGUUUUCAACAGAAAAAGAAACAGUUAUCGAUGAUAUUGGAAUAACAGAAGAUACAGAAGAUGAAGAAAACAAUAAAAAAGCAUCUACAAUAUCACUAGCAACAGAAACGGGAAAAUUAACGAGUUCAACAGAUAGAAAUUCGUUUCCAGUGCAUAAAGAUGGAAAAACUACUGUCGGUAUUAUCAAAAUACCAGAAAAUUUAGAAGAAAAAUCAAAUAUUGGAACAGUUUCAACGAUAUCUUCGAAUUCGGUAUCGUUUUCAACAGAAAAAGAAACAGUUAUCGAUGAUAGUGGAAUAACAGAAGAUGAAGAAAACAUUGAAAAAGCAUCUACAGUAUCCCUAGCAACAGAAACGAUGAAAUUGACGAGUUCAAAAGAUGGAAAUUCGUUUCCAGUGCAUAAAGAUGGAAAAACUACUGUCAGUAUUAUCAAAAUACCAGAAAAUUUAGAAGAAAAAUCAAAUAUUGGAACAGUUUCAACGAUAUCUUCGAAUUCGGUAUCGUUUUCAACAGAAAAAGAAACUGCUAUCGAUGAUAUUGGAAUAACAGAAGAUACAGAAGAUGAAGAAAACAAUAAAAAAGCAUCUACGAUAUCACUAGCAACAGAAACGGGAAAAUUAACGAGUUCAACAGAUGAAAAUUCGUUUCCAGUAGAUACAGAUGGAAAAACUACUGUCAGUAUUAUCAAAAUACCAGAAGAUUUAGAAGAAAAAACAAACAGUGAUGCAGUAUCUACAAAAACAGAAGCUACACUAAAAAAGACAGAAACUACUGAUAGUUUUAUGGAAAUACCAGAGGAAUCACAUCAAAGAACAAGCUUCAAAUUAUCAAAAUCAACAACAACUACUCCCACUGUCGCAAAAACAUCAGAAGAAGUACAAGAAGAAACCAGCACUGAAUUAGUAUCUACAGAAUCCCCCAAAAUAACAGCUACGUUAAACGUAACCACUACGAGUGUUACGAAAAUACCAGAAGGAUUAGAAAAAACGACAAGCAGUGAAUCUGUUGAAACUACUAUAAGAGAAGAUAAACAAGAAGAAAUAAGUAGCGGAUGGUCAAAAUCUACGUCUGAAGCUAUACCAAAAUUAUCGUAUUCAACAGAAUCGAAUACAAGAAAGGAACUAACAGAAAUAACUAUAAAUAUCAAAGAUACGAUUAUAGAAACUAAAGAAACAGACGAGUCAGAAGUAACAAGUACGAGUACGAUAGAAAUAUCAACUGAAGGAUUUAGCGAUAACGAUGAUAAAGAAAAAACGGAGGAGCUGGAAAAGCUACCGAGUAGCGUUCCGGAAACUGAAUAUACCGAAUUAGUCGAAGAAGUAGAUACAGACGAAAGUACUACCGAUAAAAAUACAGAUACCACAGACGCGACUGACACAAAAUUUAGAAAAGGAUUAGAAAUAUUGGAUAUAAUCAAAAAAAUAAUCCACAAUCUGCGAAGAAUGACGCUUGGAACAACGAAAAAGAUAAAAGACGUUUCGGAAGGAAUUAACGACGAUGUAGAAGAUACAAAAACGACAAGAUACGAAGCUACAGAUGUUAAUGAAGUUACUACUCCGAAGGAAAUUUCAAUUACAAAGAUCAUAGAUAAAGAGGGUAGCGGUGGAGGAACUAUAACAGAUGACGAAGAUAACGGCGACGACGAUGACGAUUAUGGAUAUUACAGUGGAAAUGGUGACAACGAUAAAGGGGAUAAUGCACCCAAUAGACCAGAACUACCAUCAGAAGACGAUAAACGCGUUACCAAACUUCCCAUAAAAGCCGAAGAUGAAGACGAUAAAAACGACGAAGACAAUUAUAAUUAUGGCGAUGAAGAUGAUUACGGAGAAAACGAUGAUUACGAUGAUGAUUAUAACGAUGAUAAUUACGAUGAUUACGAAUCGAAAGAAAAUGACGAAACCGAUAAUGAUAACGAAAAAAUCUGA